UUUUCUCUGUGUCCUUGCUGCUGAUGCACUGUGACGGGCUGACUUCCUGCUCCUGACACCAGGUCUCCUGUGCCCCGGUGGAAAUAUAUCUUCAAACUUUGCAGUCAAAGGUCAACUUACAAGAGUUGCUUGUCUCCUACCUACCAUGUGAGUCCUGGCGAACAAACUGAAGUCAUUGCGUUUAUGGCACGUCCCUUUACCCACCGACUUGUCUCUCUGGCCCUGAGACACAACCCUUUAUAACAAAAACAAUACAGACACCAAUCAUCUGCUCUCCUGUCUCUACUAGAAAAUGGCAGCCGAGGGAGAAGCCUUUGAGGAGAGGAUUUCCGAAUUUGAUGAUGAGUCGGCCUCUGAGUUCUCUGCUCUUCUCGGUGUGGAUGCAUUUCAGGUCAGAAAGAGACGAGAUGAAGAAGACCAUCAGGAGCGAAUGAAAAUGAAGAAAGGUUUUAACUCGCACAUGCGCACUGAGGCCAAGCGAUUAAAGACUUUCCUGACCUAUGACACGUUCAGAUCAUGGACGCCACAGGACAUGGCAGCCGCUGGGUUUUACCACACUGGGGUGAAACUUGGGGUUCAGUGCUUCUGCUGCAGCUUAAUCCUCUUUUGCACCAGACUCAGCAAUCUUCCCAUAGAAAGCCACAAGAAAUUCCGUCCAGGAUGCGAGUUCCUUUUGGGCAAAGACGUCGGUAACAUCGGCAAGUAUGACAUCAGGGUGAAGAGUCCCGAGAAGCUGAGAGGUGGCAAAGCAAGGUACCAAGAAGAGGAGGCCAGACUGGAGUCCUUUGAGAACUGGCCGUUUUAUGCCCAUGGGACAUCGCCCCGUGUGCUCUCAGCAGCUGGCUUUGUCUUUACAGGUAAAAGGGACACCGUGCAGUGUUUCUCCUGUGGUGGAUGCUUGGGAAACUGGGAAGAAGGAGACGAUCCUUGGAAGGAGCAUGCCAAGUGGUUCCCCAAGUGUGAAUUCCUUCAAAGUAAGAAAUCCUCAGAGGAAAUUGCCCAGUAUAUUAAAAGCUACGAGGGAUUUGUCCAUGUAACGGGAGAACAUUUUGUGAAUUCCUGGGUCAGAAGAGAAUUGCCUAUGGUGUCAGCUUACUGCAAUGACAGCAUCUUCGCUAAUGAAGAACUAAGGCUGGACACCUUUAAGGACUGGCCCCAUGAGUCCCCUGGGGCUGUUGAAGCUCUGGUCAGAGCAGGCCUUUUCUACACAGGCAAAAACGACACUGUCCGGUGCUUUUCCUGUGGAGGAUGUAUGUCGAAAUGGGAGGAAGGUGACGACCCAUUAAAAGAUCACACCAAGUUUUUUCCCAACUGUGUAUUUCUUCAAAACCUGAAGUCCUCUGCAGAAGAGAUUCCUGCCUUUCAGAGUCACUACACACUUCCAGAGGUCACGUUAUCCAAUAAGCACUAUCAAGUGAGAAGUAUAAACAGGAACUUUACAGUGGACAAGGGAGACACACUAGCUGGCUUCAUGAAAUGCAGAGUCAACUUCUCCUAUGAGAAGUCUGGUGUUGAAAUUCUUUUAGACUUAUUAAACAUUCAGACUAACUGGACCCCAUCUGUGACCUUUGGAAGCUGUGCCCAACUCCUAGAGGCAGGAGGAUGCAUUAGUGAUGUGGGCCUGAGCAGCAUCAUCCAGCAGUUAAAGCACCAGGUGCUGCUCCUGUUGGAUGACUAUCAUGGGAUGGACUCACUGCCCCAAGCCAUAAAAACCCUGAUUACAAGAAACUACUUGACCCAAACCUGCUUAUUGAUCACUGUCCAUACAAACAGGGCCAGGAACAUCCGCCCAUACCUAGAUACAAUUCUAGAGAUCAAAGAGUUUCCCUUCUAUAACACUAUCUCUGUAUUACGGAAGUUAUUCUCACAUGAUCUAGCCCGUGUUCGAAGGUUUGUUAUUUACUUUGGAAAGAAUGAAGAUUUACAGGGAAUUCACAAAACUCCUCUCUUUAUGGCAGCAGUCUGUACUGACUGGUUUCAAAAUCCUUCUGACCAGUCCUUUCAUGAUGUGACAGCUUUCAAGUCCUAUAUGAAAUACCUUUCCUUAAAACACAAGGCUACACCUGAGCCUCUCAAGGCCACUGUGUCCUCAUGUGGCCAGCUAGCUUUGAGAGGCCUUUUUUCAUUUUGCUUUGAGUUUAGUAGUGAUGACCUCACAGAAGCAGGCGUUGAUGAAGAUGAAGAUCUGACCACCUGCUUGAUGAGCAAAUUCUCUGCCCAGAGACUGAAACCAGUCUAUCGGUUCUUAAGUCCUUUAUUCCAGGAAUUUCUGGCUGCCAUGAGGCUGACUGAGCUCCUGGGUUCAGAAAGGCAGGGAGACCAAGAUUUGGGACUUGGUUAUUUGAGACAAAUUAACUCACCCUUGAAGGCUAUGAAUGCCUACAGCAAUUUUUUGAAGUAUGUCUAUAACCACCCUUCAUCAAAGGCAGGGCCAAAAAUUGUAUCUCAUUUGCUUCAGUUGGUGGAUGAUAAAGAGUCCCUGGAGAACAUGUCUGAAAAUGAGGCUUAUGUGAAGCUCCAUCCAGAAACUUCCCUGAGGAUAGAGUUUGUUCGGUGGUUGUGGCAGGUAUCUCCUGAAGCUUUCUCUUCAUUUGUUUCAGAACAUCUAUUGAGCAUUGCUCUAAACUUUGCUUAUGAAAGCAACGCGGUGGCUGCCUGUUCUCCAUUUAUUUUAAAAUUCCUUCAAGGGAGAAAACUGGCUUUGAAAGUACUGAAUUCACAGUACUUUGGGGACCACCCAGAAAGUCUGCUAUUAUUGAAGAGUAUUGAGGUCUCCAUAAGUGGAAAUAACAGGAUAAGGAGAAUAGAUUUUCCACUCAUGGAAAAAGAUUUUGAAAAAUUACAGCCCCCAACUAUAGAUGAGGACUAUGCAUCUGUCUUUCAACCUAUGAAUGAAUGUGAGAAAAAUUUAUCUGAAAAAGAAGAGAUAAUAAAAAACUAUUCAGAUAUCCAACGCCAAGCCCCACCCAACAUCAGUGCUGGCUACUGGAAACUGUCUCCCAAGCCGUACAAGAUCCCUAGGCUGGAAGUUAGAGUGGCCAGCAUGGGUCCAGCAGACCAAGCACUGCUCCGGGUCCUAAUGGAAGUCUUCUCGGCAUCACAGAAUAUCGAACUCCAUUUGAAACACAGCAGUGGCUUUCUUGAAAGCAUCCGCCCAGCUCUGGAGCUGAAUAAGACCUCUGUCACCAAGUGCUCCAUGUGCAAACUGGAGCUCAGUGCAGCAGAACAGGAGCUGCUUCUCGGCCUGCCUGCCCUGCAGUCUCUUGAGGUCUCAGGGACAAACCAGUUACCAGAUCAACUCUUCGCUAACUUGGACAAGUUCUCAAGCCUGAAAGAAUUGUCUGUGGGACUAGAUGGCAUUCCAGAUGUGCUUUCAGUCAUCCCUGGAGAUUUCCCAAACCUCCACCACAUGGAGAAGUUAUCCAUCCAAACUUCCACAGAGUCUGACCUCUCCAAACUGGUCAAAUUCAUCCAGAGCUCUCCAAAUCUUCACGUUUUCCACCUGAAAUGUGAUUUCUUUUCGAAUUGUGAGUUUCUCAUGACUGUGCUUGCUUCCUGCAAGAAACUCAGAGAGAUUGAGUUUUCUGGACGAUGCUUUGAAGCCAUGCCAUUUGCCAAGGGAGCAACCAGCAGAGGUUUCCAGAAACUUGAAACCUUAGAUCUUUCACUGAAUCACAAGAUUACAGAGGAAGGGUACAGACAUUUCUUUCAAGCCCUGGACAACCUGCCAAACUUAAAAGUACUCAACAUUUCCAGGCAUCUCCCAGAAUCCAUCCAAGUUCAAGCCACCACUGUCAAGGCUCUGGGUCAGUGUGUGUCCCGACUGCCCAGCCUCAUCAGGCUUCAUAUGCUCAGUUGGCUCCUGGACAAAGAGGACAUGAAAGUGAUUAAUGCUGUGAAGGAGAGACACCCUCAGUCCAAAUGCUUGAUUGUUCACUGGCAGUGGGUAGUGCCCUUCUCUCCUGUCAUUCAGAAGUGAAGGAUGCAGCUGAAGAUUACUGGAGGUCUCAAAACCCAAUUUUCGAAUACAUUUCACUCUAGACAAGCAUGGUGUCCCCAGUACUUAAGAGACUGAGACAGGAGGGUCAAGAGGUUGAGUCCAGCUGGGUUACAUAACAAGACCUGCUGAUGAACCAAAUCCUUUACUAUUACAUACACAAGAAUAUUCUUAACCUGUCAGGCUGGUAACUGUUGGAAAGCCUGCACGCCCACAUUGAGCUAUGACAAGCAGUCCUUGGCAAUCCUCGUAUGGUCCUGUCUAAAGACUAGAGCCUCACUCAAGUUCAUACCGAGAAUCCUCCAUUGCCAAGGUCAACAGGAAGGGUCAGAGAAAAGAACACUGAUCUAUGUAAAAGCCAUAAGGAAGGAGCAUUUGAUGGAGGUAAGAAAUGGCCAAUUUAAGGAUGAGUCCAUCCCACCCAUGAUGAAGCACGAGUCGACUUUAGCACAGGAUGCAGACAACUCUUUGCAGAGAUGCUCUUUAGUCUUUGCAGGGCUUCUGUAUAGUCACCAGUCUUGGUGUGGCCAUGCUUGCUCACACCAUCUCCCAUCCAUUGCCAAUGUGAGGAAGAAAGUGGGCUUAGAGAAAUCUGCUUUUGUUCCAGAGGCUUUUGAGAGUUACAUAUAUUAUGACAGCUUUAUAAUUUUGUUGGGAAUCCAGUCCGUUUUAUGUGAUUUAAUCUUGUAAGGAUUCCUGGGUAUAUUAACUUGAUUGUGAUAAUUGUCAUUCCAUACUGGUCACUGCUCUAGAGGUGGUAGGACCUGGGAGAAUGGAGUCAAUAAAUGAAGCCGACUACAAUCUCAUGCAAUAGCCAGCUUUAUUCAGAGCAUCAGACAAUUUAUACUCUGGGGGUUAAGGGAGGUCACCUAAGUAAAGUUCUCUUGUGUUCAAGUUGUAGACAAUCACAAAAACAAGCCGCAUGUGGCAAAACAUGUUUUUCUAUAGAACAGCAUUUCUCAACUUGUUGGUCAAGACCACUGGGGGUCAAAUGACCCCUUCAUAGGGGUCACCUAGGACCAUCAGAAAACACAGAUAUUUACAUUACAAUUUGUAACAGUAGCAAAACUACAGUUAUGAAGUAGCAACAAAAAUAAUU